UCCCUGCCUCUGCGGCCCCCACUGGCACGGGCCCCGCUACUUACGGCAACCCCGCACAAGGUGCUCCUCAGUUCUACAGCAUGAACCGCCCCGUGCAGCAGCCCCAGAACUCGCAGGUGGGAGGCUCGCUGCCGUACCGCCGACCCUCGUCCGUCACCGGUCAGCCCAACAUGGUCCACAACCAGAGCCAGCUCAACGGGGGGCCGCACUUCGCCCAGAACCAAGGUCUGUUUACGUGUGUGUGCAAAACAGGAGACGGUUAUUCUUUUCACACUUCUGUGGGAACAAAGUUCCCAAACGUAAGCUUUUAACCACGACACCUCUGUGCGAAUUUAAAGAGAGUUUCGGUCAGUGAUAGGAUCACUAAUUACUUGUUUCGAUUUGACCCUCUGCCACAUUAUAUUUAUUUAACAGGAUUUUAAAGUCAUUUGUUCACAUAGUAUACAUGUGUAACCCUUCUACACAGAGCAAAGCGCAUAAAUGUAUCAGCAAAUGUGAUGAUCCACAUAUAGCACAAAUAUUUUUAAUUUUUUUAAAUCCAUCUCGACACAACUUCCAAUGUCAAAUAAUUUGCAGAAUGCACAAAAAUUACUGAACUAACCCUCUGAAACCUGAGCAAAUUGGCUCGAUUUCAACUUGACCAGAAAUGGCCCAGAAAGAAAUUAGUUUUAAAAAAAUAAAAAAUGAAAUAAAAUUACCUGAAAAGCGAUAAGCACAU